UAAAAUCGAUCACGAGCGCUAGAGAGAGAGAGAGAGAGAGAGAGAGAAGGGAGAGAAACCCAACCUCGAAUGGCGAACGUCGUCGUCUCCAAACCCUCGUCGUCCUCCUCCUCGUCGAAGCGCCUCUCCGGCAAGUGCAGCUUCAAGCUCGGGCUCCCCCUCCUCUGCGGCCCCUCCCCCGCCUCCUCCCCCACUCCCUCUCCCCGCCGCUCCCCCGCCCCAGAUCGCCUCGACGACCUCCGCCGCGUCUUCCGCCACAUCGACCGCGACAUGGACGGCAAGAUAUCCUCCUCCGAGCUCCGCGCCUUCUUCUCCUCCGUCUCCGACGACGCCGCCGCCGCCGACGAUCUCCCCUCCGUCGGCGACGACCUCGACUUCGCCGGAUUCGUCGCCCUUAUGGAGACCCGCGGCGGCGGCGGCGGCGGCGGAGAGGAGGAGGAGGUGGAGGAUCUGCGGAGGGCGUUCGAGAUGUUCGAGGCGGUGAAGGGAUCGGGGCGGAUCACGCCGCGCGGGGUCCAGCGGGUGCUGAGUAGCCUCGGCGACGAGCGAUCCUUCGCGGAUUGCGAGGCGAUGAUCAGGGCGUACGACAUCAACGGCGACGGUGAGCUCGACUUUACCGAGUUCCACCGCAUGAUGAGCGCUUAAAAACUUUUCAAAUUUUAAUUUUUAAAUUAUUUUAAAUUUCCUCGCUGUUUUAUGCAUUUUGGCCCCUUGAGAACUGCUUUAUUGUAUAACAGGUGCUUUUCGGCACUUUCGUGUUGUGUAUACAAAAUUAAGCUUCCUCUUUA